AUGAAGUUUCUCGUCGAGAAUCUGAAUGGUUCAUCAUUCGAACUUGAGGUUGAUUACAGGGAUACACUGUUAGUGGUCAAACAAAAGAUCGAGAGGUCUCAACAUAUUCCUGUUUCCAAACAAACCCUUAUCGUCGACGGCAUUGUUAUUCUUCGAGAGGAUCUUACUGUCGAACAAUGCCAGAUCGUCCCCACUUCUGAUAUCCAACUCGAAGUCUCAUCUGACGAUGAUAACCCUAAUCACAACGACUGCGAUCAAAAGCCGCAAACCGAGCAAUCUCCAGCACUACCAUUGGUUUCAGCGGAAGAGUACUUUGAGAGACAAGAUUGGCCUUUGACAGCAGAAGAGCUGAGACAGAUUUAUAGUUAUCGGCCUGAGCAUGAAGGUUGA